CUGGGCUCGGCGCAGCGCCUGGAGUUCAUGUGCGGGCUGCUGGACCUGUGCAACCCGUUGGAACUGCGCUUCCUCGGCUCGUGCCUGGAGGACCUGGCGCGCAAGGAUUACCACUACCUGCGCGACUCGGAGGCCAAGGCCAACGGCCUCUCGGACCCGGGGCCGCUGGCUGACUUCCGAGAGCCCGCCGUGCGCUCGCGCCUCAUCGUCUACCUGGCGCUGCUGGGCUCGGAGAACCGGGAGGCCGCUGGCCGCCUGCACCGCCUCCUGCCCCAGGUGGACUCGGUGCUCAAGAGCCUGCGCGCGGCCCGGGGAGGCAGGGAGGACGAGCUGGGCGCUGAGGACGGCGACGGCGAGCAGGACGCAGAGAAGGACGGGCCGGGCCCGGAAGGUGGCGGCGGCGGCCCGGAGCUCGGGGCUGGAGGCGGGCUGGGCUUCAGGGCCCAGGAGGAACUGCUGCUGCUCUUCACCAUGGCUUCGCUGCACCCGGCUUUCUCCUUCCACCAGCGGGUCACCCUGCGGGAGCACCUGGAGAAGCUACGUAGCGCGCUCCGAGGGGGCCUGGAGGACGUAGAGGUGGAGCGGUGCAACUUUGCGGGCUCUGGGGCCCAGAACGAAUCUGCUCAUGGUGAUUAUGUACAAAGAAAUGCUACUAGCUUAGUAGAACAAGCCCAAAUACCUCAGGAUGGACUCACUGUGACCCCUCACAGAGCUCAGCGAGAAGCUGUACACAUUGAGAAGAUAAUGUUGAAAGGAGUCCAGAGAAAAAGGGCUGACAAAUAUUGGGAGUACACUUUCAAAGUAAAUUGGUCUGAUCUUUCAGUCACAACAGUAACAAAAACCCACCAAGAACUACAAGAAUUUCUACUGAAGCUUCCAAAGGAAUUGUCUUCAGAGACUUUUGACAAGACCAUCUUAAGAGCCCUGAAUCAGGGAUCCUUAAAAAGGGAGGAACGGCGACACCCUGACCUGGAGCCCAUCCUAAGGCAGCUAUUUUCCACUUCAUCCCAAGCUUUUCUACAGAGUCAGAAAGUGCGCAGCUUUUUUCAUUCACUAUCUUCAGAUUCUCUACACAGUCUGAAUGUGUUACAGCAUACCAUAAUCCACAAGAAGCAUGCUGGGAAAAGUCCCAUUGUGAACAAUGUUGGUACAAGCUGUUCUCCAUUGGAUGGGCUUACCAUGCAAUAUUCAGAACAGAAUGGAAUUGUGGAUUGGAGGAAGCAAAGCUGUGCUGCUCUUCAGCACCCAGAGCACUGUGUGACCUCAGCUAAUCAGCAUUCUGCUGAAAAACGGAGCUUAUCGUCAGUAAAUAAGAAGAAAGGAAAGCCACAGAUAGAAAAGGAGAAAAUUAAGAAAGCUGACAACAGAUUGAACAGUAGAAUAAAUGGUAUUAGACUCUCCACUCCUCCGCAUACUCAUGGUGGUACUGUGAAAGGAUUGUUGUUUUUAGAUGUGAAUUUGGACAUUGGAUCUGGACAUGACACAUGUGGAGAAACAUCUUCAGAGAGUUACAGUUCUCCAUCUAGUCCACGACAUGAUGGAAGAGAAAGUUUUGAAAGUGAAGAAGAAAAGGACAGAGACACAGACAGUAAUUCUGAAGAUUCUGGGAAUCCAUCGGCAGCCAGGUUUACAGGUUAUGGCUCUGUCAACCAGACUGUAACUGUCAACCCACCUGUUCAGAUUGUCUCACUAGGAAAUGAGAAUGGAAACCUUUUAGAAGAUCCCUUGAACUCACCCAAGUAUCCGCAUAUUCCUUUUAUGCCAGCUCUACACUGUGUCAUGCACAAUGGUGCCCAGAAGUCAGAAGUUGUCAUUCCUCCACCCAAAUCUGCAGAUGGCAAAACACUAGGGAUGCUUGUUCCUAACGCUGUGGCUAUUUCUGCACUAAGGGAGUCCACAAAUUCAACCCCUGUUGGAAUCCUCGGGCCAACAGCUUCUACUGGAGAAUCAGAAAAACAUCUUGAAUUGCUGGCUUCCCCUCUACCUAUACCAUCAACCUUCCUUCCACAUAGUAGUGCUCCUGCUUUGCAGCUGACAUUGCAGAGACUAAAAUUACCACCAACACAGGGAUCUUCUGAGAGCUGCACAGUUAAUAUCCCACAACAACCACCCGGAAGUCUGAGCAUCGGAUCACCAAACACUGCCUUUAUUCCUGUCCAUAACCCAGGUAGUUUCCCAGGAUCUCCUGUGGCUACCGCGGACCCCAUCACAAAGUCUGCAUCCCAAGUGGUAGGGCUAAAUCAAAUGGUGCCUCAGAUUGAGGGAAACACAGGGACAGUCCCUCAGCCUACCAAUGUGAAGGUAGUUCUUCCAGCAGCUGGCCUCUCUGCUGCACAGCCACCAGCUUCCUACACCUUUCCGGGCUCUCCCCUUGCUGCCAGUGUGUUACCCACCCAGAAUUCCAGUGUGCUCAACACAGCCACUUCUGCCCAGCCAGCAAGUGCAGGCAUCAGUCAGGCCCAGUCCACGGUUUCUCCUGCAGUUCCUACCCACACCCCAGGCCCUGCCCCAAGCCCCAGCCCAGCCUUGACACACAGUACUGCGCAGAGUGACAGCACAUCUUACAUCAGUGCUGUGGGGAACACAAACACUAAUGGGACAGUAGUGCCACCACAGCAGAUGGGCUCAGGUCCUUGUGGUUCUUGUGGGCGAAGGUGCAGCUGUGGGACCAAUGGAAACCUUCAGCUAAGUAGUUAUUAUUAUCCCAAUCCAAUGCCCGGACCAAUGUACCGAGUCCCAUCGUUCUUCACUCUGCCAUCCAUUUGCAAUGGCAGCUACCUCAACCAAGCACAUCAGAGCAAUGGAAACCAACUUCCUUUUUUUCUGCCUCAGACUCCAUAUGCAAACGGACUGGUGCACGACCCAGUCAUGGGGAGCCAAGCCAACUAUGGCAUGCAGCAGAUGGCAGGAUUUGGGAGAUUGUAUCCCAUAUAUCCAGCACCUAAUGUAGUUGCCAACACCAGUGGUUCGGGGCCCAAGAAGAAUGGGAAUGUCUCAUGUUACAAUUGUGGUGUAAGCGGACAUUAUGCACAGGACUGUAAGCAGUCGUCCAUGGAGGCCAAUCAACAAGGCACUUACAGACUGAGAUACGCACCUCCCCUCCCCCCUUCUAAUGAUACGUUGGAUUCUGCAGACUGAACCGAGUAAAGCUUGUCUACUUAAUACACUCAAGUGUGGGGAGUCAUAGGGUGUGGAGGGGAGGAAAGGAAAGGUAUUUUGUUUCUUUGUCUAUACAUUUCCUAGAUUUCUAUGCAGUUGGGAGUUUUCAUUUCUCUUGCACCAAUGUCCAAAAAUAAGAAAGAAUGCAAUGCUUCUGAGCCUCUGGUCUCCUGGUUCAACAACAGGCUUAAAUGUAUGAUACAUGUAACUUAAACUUCAGACAAGCUAUCAAAAGGAAAAUGUGGAUGUGUGCUUUUUUUACACUGAAUACUUGCUGUGUGCAAUGUUUACUGAAUCUUGAAAACUGUGUAUUUGACCUUUUUUUUUUUUAACAACACUGGUAACAGUCAUUGGUUUUGAGAAAAGAGCCUUUGCUUCUUCCUCGGCUUUCUCACGUUCACCCUACACUGCACUUUUCUGGCCAGCUGCUCUCUCCCUGACCUGUGGCAUCGCAGCAGUCUUUGUCGCACUUCUGUGACCUGCUCUGCGUAUGACCCAAGGGCAACACGACUCACCUUAAUCUUACAGGAGAAGUAAAAUUCCAAGAAGUAUGUCUAUAUGUAAUAAAAAGCAUCGUAUAAAUACAUAUAUGCAGCGCUGUUGUCCAAAUAAACUUGAAAAUAAGUGGGAGAGAGGAAGUCAGACCACAUGAAGCUGAAAAUGUAUGAAAUGGACAAAAAGCCCUUCCAUAAGAGAAAACAACUUUUUCCUUCCUUCAUACUUUUGUAGCCUGUUGCUUCAGAGAGACACAAAAUGAACACACUGGCGUGAAUGUUGUUCUCUGUGUGCUUGUGUCUGUGAUGGAAGUCAGCAGUUCUCAUCGUCUACCACCAUGUCCUGCUCAGGCACUACUUGAGUAAAGAUCUCAUCUUCACUAUACCAACUGUUACAGUGUUGAUUGUGUUUAAAAUGUGUGUGAUUUAUUGAGAUCUGAACAGAAGCUGUGGGUUUCUACAAAGUCAGGUAUUUGUUCCCUAACCUGUCUCUCGUAAGCAAAGUCACUUUUAUAACCGUUUACCACUAUGCUUGAUUAUAAUGUGAAGACUGAAUUCUGAGUGUGUUGCGAUGGUAUUAAUCAUGUCAGUGUCCUGUCACUAAGUUUAAUGCUGCUGUUUAAAAAAAAAAUUUUUUUUAAAGCCAAUCUAUGUACUAAAUUGCUUCCAGGUAAUUUUGAUUUCUUAAAGUGCACUGAGGUUAUCUGGAAGACUGGGAGUAUUUUUCAGUGACUGCUGUAUUCAGCAGCAAUGAAUAGCUACCACUAUCUAGUCACAGAUUUGGGGGAUAAGGGAUUUAGUUUUCCAUUCCUCAGUACAGAGUAGAAAUGACUGGUUUUUAUUGUGGGGAAUAAUACUGGUGUGCAGCAGAGGAACUUAAAUAUUUGGUCUGGGUUUGAAAACCUAACAUUGCUAGACAGAAGAGAAAAAACUUGAAGAAAAAAGCUUAGUUUCAUGCUUCAAAAGUAGCAUUUAUAUUUAUAGCACCAAUGUACAUUUUGAAACUUUGAGGGGUAGGAGUUACGGGAGGAGAAGGGGUGUGUGUAAGGGGUAGAUGAAAGCUUUAAUUUAGAAAGCAAAGAGUUCAUGUAAAGGAAAUUAUUUUGAUUAAAUAUAUUUUAUUUGAUCUGGGUAUUUUUGGACCACAUUAUUAAAUUAAUCGUUAAGCUACGGUUGAGUUUUUCAGGGGAAAGUGUUGAUAAGCCACGUACAGGUGCAUUGUGACUCACUUGCCAGGUGUACUUUAUGGAGCUUAUUUUAUGAUUUCAAAUACUGUACUGUACAUAGGAGGUAUGUUACCUUCUCCUUAUUUGUAUGUUUACCAUAUACUUUGAUAUUUGAAAUGUACUGGAAAGGCCACUUAUAUUUCUAGAACAGAUUGGAUUUUAUGCAACCUUUUUCCUUGAAUUAACAGCAAUAAAAAAAAAUGAAAAACAG